UACCCUCGGACAAGGCUAGUGGGCACAAAACCAGACCUGGGAAAUCGCAUGGAUAUAUCAGUCGUUAGGAUUAAUUUAAUGCUAAAAGUUAUCAUUGCCUGAAACUCAACUACGGCUACAGUAUACCCGCCUUCCUCAACAUGUCUGAAGAAAACGACCGUCUCGAUUACGAUGUCAUCAUUAUCGGUGCUGGCAUCUCUGGGAUCAAUUUUGCGUAUAGACUGCAAGAAAGCCAUCCGGAUCUGAGAUAUUGUAUUCUUGAGGAGCGGCAUGAAAUUGGUGGAACGUGGAGUUUGUUUCAGUAUCCAGGGAUACGUUCCGACUCCGAUUUGUUUACGUUUGGCUUUGCAUGGCGUCCCUGGACUCAGAAGAAUUCAAUCGCGCACGGCUCGUUGAUCCGUGAAUAUAUCCAAGAGUCAGCGGAGGAGGAAGGAAUCAACCAGAAAAUCAAGUUCCGCCAUCGAGUGAAUAGGAUGGAUUGGUCAACUUGUACGAAGGCUUGGACGGUUCAUGUUUACACAGACGGCGCGGCCACUGUGGCUCUACGCACUCGGUUCAUUAUGAUGGCCACUGGGUACUAUGACUAUCAUGAGCCCCUCGAGACCGAUAUUCCUGGGAUCAAUCGAUUCCAAGGAACAGUCCUCCACCCGCAGUUUUGGCCUUCUGAUCUCGAUUACACCAACAAGGAUAUCAUCAUCGUCGGCUCCGGAGCUACGGCCAUCACCUUGCUGCCGUCACUGGCAAAGAAAGCGUCCAGUGUGACUAUGCUGCAGCGUUCUCCUAGUUAUGUCCUGUCUGUUCCAAAUGAAGACGCUAUUGAGAAAUUCAUCCGAUGGAUCUGCCCCGAGCGGCUAGCAGUCAGUCUCAUUCGAUUUAAAUGGAUCCUCGUGCCGCUCGUUUUGGUGACUUUCUGCCGUUGGUUUCCCAAAUUCGCGAAGCGGUUGUGUCUUGAUAUCACCCAUAAGGAACUCCCCAAGGAGGUGCCCUUGGAUCCUCAUUUCACACCUAGGUACAAUCCAUGGGAGCAACGGAUGUGUAUGUGUCCCGAUGGAGACUUUUUCGAAUGUCUCCGGAAUGGGAGUGGCAGCGUGGCAACCGGGGUGAUCGAAACAGUGACGGAGAAGGGCAUCCAGCUGCAAUCCGGCGCCGAAUUAAAUGCCGAUAUCAUCGUCACGGCUACCGGGCUGAAGAUGAAAAUUGCGGGUGGGAUUCAGGUCACGGUAGAUGGAGCCCCGUUUGCGAUUCAGGAUCAUUUCAUGUGGAAAUGUACGAUGGUUGAUGGGCUACCGAAUGUGGUGUUUGCGAUGGGAUAUGUGGAUGCUAGCUGGACAUUGGGUGCUGAUGCAACUGCACAGCUGACAUGUCGGAUAUUGACACAAAUGAGGGAGGAAGGGCUGGACAUUGUUUCUCCUCGAUGUAGUGAUGAGGAUCAGAAGGAGAUGCAGGAGCUGCCGCUCCUUAACCUGAACGCUACAUAUGUUAAGAGGGGUAGUUCGGCUUUUCCAAAAGUUGGUGAUAGGCCUCAGUGGGAACCUCGGUCGUACUAUUGGAAGGAUCUCAUACAGGCUUGGUGGGGGGAUAUACAGACAGGCUUGGAAUGGUCGAAAUAG